AUGUUUCCAUCAUCCGAUUUCUCCUUCUCACCGUCGUCGCUGUUCUCAGCGUACGCAUCACUAACCGGAUUCUUAAUGCUCUUCAAAUCGAUGCUCCACGAUUUCGUCCCGGAGCAGCUCCGAUCCUACUUCUACCGCCUCUUCGACCGAUUCUUCACUCCGAAAUCGAAGACCCUCACAGUAAUCAUCGACGAGAACUUCGGAUUGAACAGGAACCAAGUCUUCGACGCGGCGGAGAUGUACCUCCGCAACAAAAUCGGACCGGAGACGGAGCGUCUACGCGUCGGAAAAACGCCGAAGCAGAAGCAUUUCACGAUCUCCAUCGAGAAAGGAGAAGAGAUCGUCGACUCCUUCGAGGGCUCCGAGGUGAAAUGGAGCUACGUCCAGUCAGAGAACGAGAAAGGCGACAAAGUGAAACGCUUCUACGAGCUCACGUUCGAGAAGAAGCUCAGAGAGAGAGUCAUGACCUCUUACCUAACCCAAGUCGUCGCCGAAUCGGAAGAGAUCAAGAGGAAUCUCAGAGUCGUGAAGCUCUACAGCCGAGACGUUUACGCGAGCGACGACGACGACGGUUGCGCCGGCGGGAAUUGGGGAUGUAUAAGCCUCGAGCAUCCGUCGACGUUCGAUACGUUGGCGAUGGAUCCAGACGCGAAGAAGAAGAUCAUCGAUGACUUGGAGAGGUUUCUCAAGAGGAGAGAGUUUUACAAGAGAGUUGGUAAAGCUUGGAAACGUGGUUACUUGCUGUAUGGACCUCCAGGGACUGGGAAGUCGAGCUUGAUCGCUGCGAUGGCGAAUUACUUGAAGUUCGAUGUGUUUGAUCUUGAGCUUAGUAGUAUCUAUGACAAUGGUGAACUGAAGAGGGUUUUGUUGUCGACGACGAACCGUUCGAUUUUGGUUAUUGAGGAUAUUGAUUGCAAUGCUGAGGUUAUGGAUAGAGAAGCUGAGAAGGAAGAAAAUGAAGAGAAAGUUAGAGGAAAGGUGACUUUGUCAGGGAUUUUGAAUUUCAUUGAUGGGUUAUGGUCGAGUUUUGGAGAUGAGAGGAUCAUUGUGUUCACUACGAAUCACAAAGACAGGCUUGAUCCUGCUCUGUUACGUCCUGGAAGAAUGGAUAUGCAUGUACAUAUGUCUUAUUGUACAGGGUUGGGAUUUAGGGUCUUGGUUUCUAAUUACUUGGGUUUAGAUGGCUUAAACCAUCCUUUGUGUGAGGAGAUUGAGAGGUUGAUUGAUUCUACGGAGGUUACUCCAGCUGAGUUAGCUGAAGAGUUGAUGCAGGACGAUGAUGUUGACGUUGUUCUUCGUGGUGUGGUUAGCUUUGUUGAGACGAGGAAGCUUGAGAGAAGCAAACUAAAGGAGAAGGUUUCUUGUAAUAAAGAUGUUGUGAUUGAUGAUGACGAAAAACAGAUUGAUAAGUUGAAGAAGAAGAAUGCUGGUAAACGGAAAGGGAAAAGGAAGAGUAAAACUUACUGA